AUCCUGCCGACUCUUGGGGAUCAGGGUGAGGGGCCCCACCGGGCCCCUUGGGGUGGAGGGGAGGAGGGGCGGGCCGAAGCGUGGUACCGCCCUCGCCCUGAGCGCGCUGCGUUCCGUGCCCGCCGGCCCGCGCCAUGGGCUGCCUCUUUGGGCGCGCCGUGCUGCGGGCGUUGUUGUGCGGGCCACGCAUUCCAGGCCUGCUGGUGCGCCCCAGUUCCGGAGGGCCUUCCUGGCCCCAGGAGCGUACCCUGAUUGCGGUGAAGCCAGAUGGGGUACAGCGGAGGCUCGUGGGGACUGUGAUACACCGCUUUGAGAGGCGGGGCUUCAAGCUGGUAGGGAUGAAGAUGUUGCAGGCACCAGAAAGCAUCCUUGCUGAGCACUACCGGGACCUGCAGACGAAGCCAUUCUACCCAGCCCUUCUCAGCUACAUGAGCUCUGGGCCUGUGGUGGCCAUGGUCUGGGAAGGGCACAAUGUGGUCCACAUCUCAAGGACCAUGAUAGGACACACUGACUCAACUGAGGCAGCCCCAGGGACGAUCAGGGGAGACUUCAGUGUUCACAUCAGCAGGGUUUCUCUGUGUAGCCCUGGCUGCCUGAAACUCACUUUGUAGAUCAGGCUGGCCUCACAGAGAUCCACCUGCCUCUGCCUCUGCCUCCCGAGUGCUGGGAUUAAAGGUGUCUACAAUCACACAGGGUGUUUACUGGCUGUUUAGUAUUCUUUUUUUUUUUAAAUAUUUAUUUAUUUAUUUAUUAUGUAUACAAUAUUCUGUCUGUGUGUAUGCCUGCAGGCCAGAAGAGAGCACCAGACCCCAUUACAGAUGGUUGUGAGCCACCAUGUGGUUGCUGGGAAUUGAACUCAGGACCUUUGGAAGAGCAGGCAAUGCUCUUAACCUCUGAGCCAUCUCUCCAGCCCGGCUGUUUAGUAUUCUAUUUUGGUCAACAACCAUGAGGGAUUGGCUCUGAUGACCGGUAGGAAAAGGCAACUCUCAGAAGCUGGUGUAUAGCCUGGCUUCUGAGCUUUCAAGAAACCAAAGCCAGGCUAGAUACAAAUUUCCAGCCCCUGUUACUGCCCACCCACUUUUCCUUCCUCCUUUCCCUCUUUUUUUUUUUUUUUCUUUUCAGAUAGGAUAUCAUGUAAUCCAGGCUGGUUUCAAACUGAUCCUCUUGCUGAGGAUGACCAUGAACUUGUAAUCUUCCUGCCUCUACCUCCCAAGUACAGACAUGCACUGCCAUGCCUAGUUUAUGUGGGACUGGGGAUCAAAGUCAGGGCUUUCUGCAUGCUAGACAAGCACUCUGUCAACUGAGCUGCAUCUCUCAUCUUCCUUCGUUUGUGUGUGUGUGUGUGUGUGUGUGUGUCUGUGCAUGUACCUGCAGUGCCUGUGUAAGCCAGAAGAGGGUGUAUUAAGAUGCCCUGGAGCUGGAGUUAUGGGUAGUUUGAAGCUGCCCUAUUUUGGGUACUGGGAACCAAGCUCAGGUUCUCUGCAAGAGAAUGCACUCUUCACUGCUGAGCCACCGCUCCAGCCCCCUCUCUUUUCCUUUCUGAGAUGGGGUUUCCCUCUAUAAUCAGCCUGGCCUAGAACUCGAGGCUAUCCUCCUGUCUCAGCUCCUCCAGUGCUGGUAUUAUAGGCCAUGGCACCAUAGCCCAUUCCUUUCUCUUCUGUAUGGUCACCUUGUUCCCUGACAGGGCAGGAGGCUGGAGGUGAAUUGUCCCUGGGACCCCUCUCACUG